AUUCACUAUCUUGCUAUUCAAAUAUUUUACAUUUUCAUAUGGCCUUUCUACUUCUCCCCUCUUCGGAACCUGCCAGGCCCCAAGGUUGGGAUCCGAUUUCCUUUUGGAGAAAUAUUGAACCAGGCCAAUGCUCUCCCGAGCGAGUUGGAGACGCGUUGGAUGAAGGAAUAUCCAGAUGCACCGUUUAUUCGAUACAUGUCUCUAUUAAACCGGGAAAUGCUGAUGGUCAACAACACACGAGCACAAAAAGAGAUUCUCCAGACCAAAUGCUACUCAUUUAUUAAGCCACCUUACUGGAAGCGGGUUGUUGGUGAGAUAGCAGGGCAUGGUAUUCUGUUCACAGAGGGUGAAGAACAUAAAAAGCAACGAAAGCUUUUAGUUGCGCCUUUCUCCUUUGGCAAUAUUCGACGAAUGCAUUCCAUCUUUCAACAAAAGGCUGAAGAGACAUCCUCAAUUAUGUUAACUUUGGUCAAAGAAGGGACGAAUAUUAUUGACGUCUCGAGCCUUCUUUCACAUACGACUCUCGACAUCGUUGGUCUAGCAGCUCUGGGCUAUGAACUCAACUCCCUAUCGACAUCGUCGUCAUUAGCAACGAACUACGAGAAGAUCUUUGAGUUUGCAACACCCCUUCAGCUUCUAAUCUCUUUUAUUCACCAAUUUAUCCCCAUACGACCACUGCUACCAUUCAAAGCGAAUAAGAGUUAUGUUGAGGCGAACGCAGAGGUUAGAAAGAUCCUCCGAAAACAUAUCCGGCGACGAAAGCUAGAGUUUCGUGAGCGAACAUCCACAGGAGAAAAUGCUGGCCGCGAUCUCCUAACUCUCAUGAUCAAAGAGAGCAACGACAAAUGGUCAGAAGAGGAUAUGCUGGGCUAUCUGCUGAAUUUCAUGUCUGCGGGACAUGAGACAACAGCAGGUGCACUAACCUGGGCCUUGCAUGCUCUCACUUUAAACCCGGAUAUCCAGAACCAUUUGCGCAACGAAAUUAAAUUGACAAUAAAUUCCACCUCGCCAACUCAAGCUGAACUUGAGAACCUACCAUACUUGAGUAAUUUCGUCAAGGAAGUCCUGCGAUUUUACCCGCCAGCUCCAAACUUCCCUCGCCAGGCAAUUGAAGACCUAGAAAUAGAGAGUGUGAAUAUACCCAAGGGAACUAUGGUGAUGAUAGCUCCGGCUGCACCUCAGUUUAACCCUGAAGUUUGGGGUCCAACUGUUGAUCAAUUUGACCCCGAUCGAUGGGAUAAUCUACCAGAGCCAGCUCGAGAUCCCUACGCUUCUCUCGCAUUCUCUAAUGGGCCACGAAUAUGCAUUGGAAAGCAGUUCGCUCUUCACGAGAUGAAAGCAAUACUGGUCGAGUUAAUCCGGAAGUUUGAGUUUGCAAAUACUGGCCCUGUUGAGCCUCAGAAGAGCGGACCGAGUUUGAGGCCUUUGAACGGGAUGAGGCUGGACGUU